AGGAGUGCAAUGGCCCUUGGAAUCUGUGCGAUGGAAGGUGCUGCAAACGGCUGGGUGCAGCCUUUCGGGCUUUUGUGCAUUGUUUCAGACUUGAGCAAUGAAAGGAAGAUGUGGUUUCCGUAGCUAUGGAAAAGGCAGAUGAAUUGAAUAAAAUGAAACCCCAGAACCUGAACGACACCAGCGCUUGCGCUCCACCAGAUGAGAAGUGGCACUACGCAAUCUUCCUUUGUAUUUGUUGCCUGUGGCUUUGUGUUGGGAUGAACAAUGCCUCAGUGGCUUGGACACUCAAGGACAUAGCAGACUCACAACUCCUGGACCUUCGGCAAGAGGGCGUUCUGGCCUCUGGCUUUGCGAUGGGCUACUGCCUUGGCCCUGUCACAAUGGGAAUCCUGCUGGACAAGAUGGGAAGGCGACCGACCUUGCUACUGUGCUGCAUUGUGCCCUCAGUAUGCCAAGCUGCAGCAGCCUAUUUGGUGAGAGUACCCGUCUUGGCUCAGCCCGGCUCCUGGCCUUUCACAAUGGCUCUUGCUUACCUUCGCUGCUGCCAGGCAAUCUGCAGCGGAGGAGCAACUGUGAGCAGCAAGGUGUACUUGAAUGAGAUUAUGCCAAUUAAGUGCAGAGAUGCAAUGCUGAGCAUAGUUCAUAUUCAGCUGCAGUUGGGUGGCAUGGCACUGACGGUCUGUGCACUCUUUUGGCCCAAGUGGCAGCAACUGCACGCAAUCCUCAUGGUGCCUGGCCUGGUGACCACUUUGCUGAUGCUUUCUCCAAAGUUGUGUCCAGAGAGCUUGACGCUGGUGCCAAAAGGCGCUCAUUCCAGACCCUUUAGGGAACUACUGCAAACGCCUCAUCGCACGGUUCUGCUGGUUUUGGUACUCAACCAAUUCUUUCACCGCAUUUGCCAACAGGGCAACGAUGCCUGGGGCAUGAAGUUUCUGCAGACCAUCGGCAAGCGCGAAACUAGAACAGUGGUUUCCAACGUGAAGUUUGUUUGCAAGAUUUUGGGUGGGCUCCUGGCAGCCUCUGCAUCCAAGCAUUUGGGAACAUUGGCAGCAGUUCUUGGCGGCUGCUUGGCAAAGACAGGCUACAUGACUUGCGCUGUUGGAACUCUGCUUUUCACCAUGACACAACAGAAGAUGUCGUUGGCUGUGGCCUGGGGUGUUGCAUACCUCGGCGAAGAGGUUGCGAACGUUUUGGCCAUGACCACCUUGGUGCAAGCCUUCCCAAUGCAGCUGCGAGGGCGAGGGGUCAGCCUGGUUUGCGCGCCCAACGCACUAGCAGGAAUUGUUGCUGGAAGCCUUGGAGCUCUUAGUGCAUACUAUGCCACUGUUCCUUUUGUUGUCAACGCGGCGAGCAUGGUCAUCAGCGGACUCGUUUUGCUGCACUUCUCAGACCUUAUCUAUCAGAAAUCACAAGAUGGGUUGAAGCAGGACUAAAAAAGUCCCAAGACCCAUUGAGUGCGCGAGGAAAAGA